CCCUAAUUUUAUUAACUUCUGGGUUACUAUUCCUUUUUUAUUUUUUUUUUCCCCUUCCCCCUCGGACUUGUCCUCAUUCUUCAGCUGUCGGACCUUUCCAUUCCCCCUCUUCUUUGUGGUUUCUGGCAAUCCUGCCUCGCGACAUUCUCAUCCCCCCCGUUUACUAAGUUCCCCUCAGAAGAGCUGCUGCUGCCGCCUUGGCCAUCCAUGCCCCGUGCUGUCUUCCACCUUCAAGGUUGACAGCCGUCUCUCCUGCUCUGCUUCAACACUCCCCCGUCCGGAAUUUCUCGGUCAAUUAUUUGGCGCACAGCGUUUCUACGGAAGGGAGGCUAGCUCCUCCUGAGCUAUAACAAUGGCUGAUAACGCUCGGAAUCUCAAUCUCAACCUGACUCCGGAAGAGAAACGGGUCUUCUAUCAACUCUUCCAGGCCGCCGAUACCACCAACCUCGGCGUCAUCACCGGCGAGGUCGCGGUUCCUUUCUUCGAGAAGACCCAGUUGGCCCCGGAAACCCUCGGCUUGAUAUGGCAGAUCGCAGACAAGGAAAAUCGGGGUCUAUUGACCCCUUCUGGGUUUGGUGUCGUCAUGCGGCUGAUCGGACACGCUCAGGCGGGUCGCGCACCUACAGAGGAACUGGCCUUUCAACCUGGACCCCUGCCCAAGUUCGAAGGGAUCGUUGUCGAUGCCACCCCGAAUCCGCGUGAAGCAGGCACUACCAGCCCUACUCCGGGCGCAAACGCACCGAUCCGGGUCCCUCCGCUGAACCCCGAUGAUGUGAACAAGUUUCUGUCGCUGUUUGAGAAAUCGGAUGUGUCCAAAAGUGGGGUACUGCCAGGCGAGACAGCUAAGCAGAUCUUCGAGCGUGCGCGGUUACCGAACGAGAUCCUUGGUCGCAUCUGGAACCUGGCGGAUAGAAGGCAACAGGGUGCUCUAGAUGCUACGGAAUUUGUCAUUGCCAUGCACCUCCUUACGUCCUACAAGUCCGGUGCGAUGAGGGGAAUUCCUCAGACACUUCCACCCGCUCUCUAUGAUGCUGCCGCUCGCCGAGGCUCUCUCCGCUCGUCGGUCGGUUCCCGUCAAGGUCUCGAGGUUCCUCCGGUGCCUGCGAUUCCGAAGCAAUUCACUGGACCCCAGCGUACGCAGAGUCCGAUCAAUAGGCAACCGUUCGGAUCUCCUCUCUCCGCCCAAGCUACUGGUGGUGACUGGCUUAUCUCGCCGCAAGAGAAGGUUAUGUUUGACAACAUCUUUGCUACGGUUGAUACGGCCAAGGCAGGUUCAAUUAGUGGUGACCAGGCUGUCGCUUUCUUCCUGGGUGCACAGUUGCCUGAGGAGACACUCGCUCAGAUUUGGGAUCUCGCAGAUAUAGAUGCGGACGGACAGUUGACCAAGGAUGAGUUUGCCGUCGCCAUGUAUCUGGUUCGCCUUACGCGUAGUGGAAAGGAGGCGCUGCCUCAGACAUUGCCUCCCGCCUUGAUCCCUCCGAGCAUGCGCCGCCCUGGAUCUUCGCAUUUCGGCCCAGCAGCUCCUAUUCCUGCCCAGGCGCCAGCCCCAGCUCCGGCUCCGGCUCCAGCGCCGGUUCCCACACCACACUCGGCGGCUGACGAUCUGUUUGGCCUAGAUGCACUUUCUGCGCCGGCACCGGCACCGCCGGUAGCUCCUUCCCAAAUUCCGCAGUCAACCGGGGGUUCGAAUGCCGCCUUCCAGACUCCUGGUUCCCCCGGCUCGAGAGCCUCUCCCCAGGCUCCCUCAACUACCUUCAAACCGUUUGUGCCGACUUCAUCCUUUGGUCAGACCCUGCAGCCACAGAUGACUGGCGCUUCAGCUGGUGCUCCGCCACCCGUUAGGUCGCCGCCGCCCCCAGCGGAUGAUCUUUUGGGAGACAACGACCCUGAAGAGUCAAACAAACUGACUCAGGAAACCACCGAGCUUGCAAAUCUGUCUAAUCAGAUCGGUUCGCUGGCUACUGAGAUGCAGAACGUCCAAACGAAGCGAACAUCUGCCGAGCAGGAUCUGUCGCAAACCUCGCAGCAGAAGAGAGACUUUGAGGCUCGUCUCGCUCAGGCCCGCUCGAUGUACGAGCAAGAAGUGAAGAACUUCAAAGCUUUGGAGGAACGGCUCAAUGCUUCACGGGCAGAAACUGGCAAGUUGCAGCAGGAGUAUGCCUUGAUCGAAGGAAGCCGUCAGGAUUUACAAAACCAGUAUAACCAGGUAUCAGCAGCACUCAGCGCUGAUCAGCAGGAGAACGUAAGUUUGAAGGAGAAGAUCCGACAAGCCAACGCUGCAGUUGCUCAGCUCAAGCCUGCCCUCGAUAAGGCUCGCUCAGAGGCCCGGCAACAAAAAGGUCUCGUCGCGAUCAAUAAGAAGCAGUUGGCAACUGUGGAGGGAGAGCGCGACAAGAUCCAGCUCGAGAUCGAUUCUUUGUCCAAGGAGCAGCCUAAAGCGUCGGAGGAGAGAGUUGUCAGUCCAAGUGAUGCCGCUCCUGUUAUGAGCCCAGCCGAGUCGACGACGAGUCAAAACACCAACCCGUUCUUCAAGCGUACGGCUACUGGAUCGAGCGAGGGCAAUGCGCUAUCUCCGCAGAUUUCUGGCGAUCAGCAGCGGGCCUUUGAUAGCCUGUUCGGUUCCGCCUUCACCUCACCACCGACAACCGCUACACCACCGCCUCCAGUGUCUUUCCGGGCUGAAUCUCAGCCCACGUCUGGGGUGCCCACUCCGUCAGUGUCUCCGCCUCCAUUCGCUCCUGGUCCUGGGUUGGAGCCUCCUGCCCCGGCUCAGUCUAGGCAACUGACACCGGGUGUGUUGCCUCUUGGAGAGACCCAUUCGGCGACUUCUUCGACAAAGGUCUCGCCCCCAGGUAGCAGAUUUGGUGGUCAAGACACGGCCAGUCUAGGAACAGCCUCGCAGGCAGCAACCAGUGAAGUGGCAGGUCCUUCGUCGGCACAGCCCGCCACCUCUCCGUUUGAUGAAAGCGAGGAAUCAAAGGAGCGAUUCCCCGAGAUUCCAACCAUCGCCGCAAGUGAACAACCUGCAGUUGGCGCUGUAGCACCUUCUGGAGAUGACCAGUCUGCAGAGCGCAAAGAUCUCAGCUUUGAUGAACUGUUCGGCGGGCCAGCACAUCAGCGCUCUAAGUCACAGAAAGAGAAUGAUUUUGAAGAAGCCUUUGCUGCCAUGAAGAGUGGGCCUGGAGCAAGCAAAUCGAACGGAGCCCCGGCCGCCCCUGAGUCAGAGUUUCCUCCCAUUCGCGAACUUGACGAUGGAGAUGAGAGCUCCGACAGCGAAGCCCCCUUGGGCUUUGAGGAUAAUUUCACCCCCGCCUUCCCUCCACAGACUCAAAUCGCCGCAGCACCCAAUCCCGAUUCUAUUGAGCCGUCCCAACUGGCAGCGUUCCCCACUCUUGGCAAUGCGGAUACUGCAAGCCAGCCUCCUGCGGCGGAAUCGCAGCCAAGCCCCCCAAAGUAUGAGGACUCCGUUGAAAAGCAGGAGCCAGGAGACUUGCCACGCGAGUACAACGGACUCCUACCGAACCGUGAAGACCCAACCACUGCCCCUGAUGCUCCACACUCAGUAGAGUCAAGCACAGGGGCACCGAUUGUGGGUGGUGAAGCCCAACGUGACGGGACAAAGGAACCCGAGGCUGCUCCCCAAGGGGCCAAGGCAGGCGCGCCUGACUUUGAGGCUGCUUUCGCCGGCCUCAACCUUGCCCCAGCAAAGGAGGCCGAAGAUGAAGAUGACGAUUUUGAAGCGCCUGAUAACGCCAAAGCCGGUGUGGACUUCGAUUUCUCAUUCGACAACCCGUCAGCACAGAAGACCUCUCCCCAUCAAGGUGCGGAUGUCGCAUCCUCAGAGUUUUUCAACUUUGACAAGAACGUAUCUUCCUCGCCUCCCGACUCUGCUGCACCGCCUUCCGAGCCCAGCGCGAAACCUCAGACUCACGACUGGGAAGCGUUGUUUGCUCCUCUUGACAACGCCAAUGCUGCUGCUGACGGAGCAAACGGAACGGGCAAUACAGAAGCCAGCAAGGAACCCGGCUGGGCUCUUCAGACGGGCACCGAAGACGAUCAGAUUCUCCAGCGGCUGACAGGCAUGGGAUUCCCCAGAGAAGAAUCCCUCUCAGCUCUGGAGAAGUUCGACUACAACCUUGACAAGGCCGUAGACCACCUGACUUCCAAGUCUUGAUUUGCAUCCAUAGCCUCUUCUAUUUUUUUUCGAUCAGUGCACAUAUUUUUUUUAUUCCAUGAGCCCUUCACUCGCUCCAAAUGUUUCCUUCCCCCCUAAUUCCUCCCACCUUACGUCCCCUUCCUUACUUUCCUUUUCCUUGACUCAUAUGUGAUCCAGCUUGCAUGUUGUUAUUGCUGCAAUGUAUAUCCCUUCUCUUUCAGCGGUGUGCGCCUUACCCACAUCACAGUCAACUAUAUUAUGAUCUACACUUAUCAUCAUCGCCCCGUGUAAUUUAGGAACACAAUUAUUGGAUUAGUUAUGAAACAAGAAACGAAGUGCAGAAGAACAGCGGAUCCAUAAAGGAAGCAACGACCAAGGCCAGGGUAGAGCGG